AUGAAAAAAGCUUCAGCGUUUAGAAGAGGAUCAAUCCAAGGGUUGAACACAGAUAAUGCAAAGCAGUUCAUUGAGAAUAUAUAUGAACAUAACAAUUUUACACUAGAAGAAACAAAGAAAACACGUAAAUUUGCACUAAAAAAGAAUCAAUUGAAAGAUUUUAUUUCAUCAUCUGAAAGAUUUGAUCUUGGUAAAGUAGAACAAGAUGAACCUCCAAAAGAAAUAAAAGAAACACCUAAACAACAGAUUGAUAUUCCAAAUGUCAUUGUCAAAAGAAUACCAAAUCUUAAAAUUAAAGAAAUAUCUGUGUCAAACACUCGAUAUUUCCGCAAUGAUGGAAUAAAUAGACUUGAUAGAGUAACAAAGAAUUUAAUGAAUGAUUUUGAUGAACUCGAUGAAAGUUUGUCAUUAUUACAGGUCAACCUUCAACACAUUGAAGCGACUACUACAGAUUGCGAACGUUAUGCAAAUGUCAACAAUACUUUAAGUUCUUCAGGACUUCGCCAGCUUAACCAGAUACACUACAUCAAUUCUAAUUCAAAUAUAUUCAAUGUAGUAUUUCAUAAGAUCCUUGAAUUCAUUGUUUGA